AUGAAGCUCAACAUUUCCAACCCAUCCACUGGUGCCCAAAAAUGCAUCAACAUUGAAGACAAGCUCAGAUACCGUUGUUUCAUCGAUAAGCGUAUGGGACAAGAAGUCUCUGCCGACAGUUUGGGUGACGAAUACAAGGGAUACAUCUUCAAGAUCUCUGGUGGUAACGACGCCGAUGGUUUCCCCAUGAUGCAAGGUGUUGCUGUUCCACACAGAGUCCGUCUCUUGUUGAACGGUACCACUGGUUCCUUCAUCCCAAAGCGUGAUGGUGAACGUCGUAGAAAGUCUGUCCGUGGCUGCAUCGUCGCUGAAGAUAUCUCUGCCCUCCAACUUGUCAUUGUCAAGAAGGGUGAUGCUGAACUCCCAGGUUUGACCGAUGUCUCCAUCCCAUUGCGUAAGGGUCCAAAGAGAGCCGGUAACAUCCGUAAGUUGUUCAACCUCUCCAAGGAAGACGAUGUCCGCAAGUACGUCAUCCGUCGUGAGCUCCCAGCCACUGACAAGAGAAAGGCCAAGUCUAAGGCUCCAAAGAUCCAACGUUUGAUCACCCCAGUCGUCAUCAAGCGUAGAAAGGCUCUCCGUGCCAAGAAGUUGGCCCGUAUGGUCAAGGCCUCAUCUGAAGCCGCCGAAUACAAGAAGUUGAUCGACUCACGUUCUGAAGCUGCCAAGUCAAAGAGAUCUACCCGUAAGUCAUCCGUCAAGGUUGUCCCAGCUGCCAAGACUGCUGCCCCAGCCAAGGCUGCCCAAAAGAAGUAA